AUGCGCACCAGCACGGAGGCUGCGGGGUGGGGCCCGAGCAUGGAGGGGCUGCCUGACGCCGUGCUGGCGGACGUGUUCUCCCGGCUGCCCUUCGACGAGAGGCGUCAGGUUGUGCCCUGUGUCUGCAAGCGUUGGAAUGCGCUGUCCUGCAAUGAGCACAGUAUCUGGAGGACAUGCUUCCUGAGCGGACGGGAGCUGAGCAGGUGCGGAUCAAGCAAGGUGGAUUGGAGGCAGGUUGUCAACUGGUUCGUGAGGAGGUCCAGGGCCGUGGAAGCCCUGCACAUUUUCAAGGUCGACUUCCGCACAGCCCAGAUGCCAGCCCUCCUGCCCAUGCUGAUGGCAUUGCUGUGCCAUUCCCUGAAGUUUGUGAAGCUGACGAUGUGCCAAUUCAGCUGUGGCGCCUUGGACGGCCUGCUUUGUCUCUGCUGGCUCAGGCAACUCCGAGUGCAGCUGACAAGGAGUCUGCCCACCUGGGAGCCUGUAGGCCAGCUUUCAUGCCUGCAAAGCCUGGAGGUCCUGGAUGUGGGGUUCAGCACUUGGCCAAAAGAGAAGGAGAGCCGCCUUGAAACUGGCAGCAUGCUGGUCAACUUUCCUCAGAGGCUGACUGAGCUGAGGCUCACAAGCUGGGGGUGUGUCUCAGCAGUGGUGCCACCAGACGCCUUCCACUGCUGGGGACACUUGGAGCUGAUCGACCUCAGCGGUACAGAGGUGCAGAUGGUGCCGGAAUCGGGGGCCCACCUUAGCAGCCUGGGCACCCUCUCCAUCAACAAUGAGCAGAUCCUCCCGAGCUUCACCAUGCUGACCAGUCUGAGAACCGUGGCUAUUGAGAAUCCGACCUCUGUGGCGAUGUUGGCCACGAUGACCUGGCUCGAAUCCCUGUGCCUCCACUGCAUGGAGGCCACUGACGUCGAGCUCCAGGGUUUGAGCGGCCUGUCAGCACUGGCCAGUCUUCUUUUGGGCUGCUGUGAGCUGCACAGUGUUCCAGAGCCUGUGGUGGGUCUCAGCACGCUCACUGAACUGUCCCUGUGGGGAAACUCGAUAUCAACCCUUCCCCCGGGUUGCUACCUGUCCUCCCUAACGUCGUUGGAUUUGACCAAGAACGACUUCACAGCUGUCCCUGGGGUGCUGGCUCAUUCCACAGGGUUGGUGAGAUUGGACCUGAGUGAAAAUGGACUGCUGCAGCUUGGUGACGAUGCUGUGGAUCUGCUGCUGGGUCUGUCGUGUUUGGAGUCACUGAGUUUGGGGGGGAACAGCAUGGCGUGGAGCCAGGAGUCGGCAAGGAGCCUGGUAAGGCUGGCACAGGAGAAGAGCAACAGGCUGGCGAUUUUGAUGUGA